AUGUCAUCCAAUAUGUCGAAAAACAUCAACGAGAGUUUUAAAGACCGUAUUGUGAUUAAUGAUUCACCCAAUGAGUCAGGUGAAAUAUUAAGGCAAAGGUCGAAUGAAACUGAAAACCAAACCAAAAAUAAAGAGGAAAUUUCUUCAGAUAAACCUGUCAUCAAUUUAGAAAAGGAAUUGACUGCUCUUAAAAUCGACCGUCAAUCAUUGUUAGAUGAUAAUUUAACAAACUUGCUGCCAGAACAGCUUUCUGAAAUAGCAAGUGAAUCAGAAACAGAUUCAGAUGAGGAUACUACUAAUUUGUUGGAUGAACCGUCUCCAAGAUCCUCUGAUGACCCUUCCUUUUCAAGACCAUCGUCUUGUAUUUUCGUUGCGUCUUUAGCGGCCACUCUUAGUGAUUCCGAACUCAACGCAUCCGUGACAAAAGAGUUUGCGAAAUAUGGUAAAAUUGUGUCUGUGAAAGUAUUGCGUGAUCCAGCAAACAGGCCUUACGCAUUUGUUCAAUAUGCAUCAGACGAUGAAGCAUUGAAUGCGUUAUCUCAAGCUCAAGGUACAACGUUAAACAAUAGAAAUAUUCGUUGUGAAAGAGCAAAGGUCAACAGAACUGUAUUCAUCUCGUCAAGUUUUGCUAAUCCACUAGAGGGAAAAUUAACUGUUGAAAAAGUGGUAGAUUUGAUGAGUAAAUUUGGGGAAUUGGAACAAGUUGUCCCUAGCAGAGACCAAAUGUAUAAGAAAAAUUAUUAUCCAAGUGAGGUAGCAAACUCUUGGUUUAUCCAAUACGCUUAUCGGGACGAUGCGAUUAGAGCAUAUUUGCAAAUGAAACUCAAUUACGAAUACAUGGUGGAAUGGGCACAAAAUGUCGAUGUUCCUCCAAGGUUCAAUUUGCUACUUUCAAAGGCUAAAAUUUGCGAAAAGGAACGAUUAGAAAGAGAACGAUUCGGUAAGCAACCAAUUUUCAUCGAUAACAAGUCCAUAUUCAUAGGACAAUUGAAUUUUAAAGUUACUAAACCAUUACUUUUGGAAAGGUUUUCAAAAUAUGGAGAAAUCGACAAUUGCAACUUGAUCCACAAGCAGGAACAAUUGAAAUGCUUUGCCUUUAUCAAGUACAAGACUCCGGCAUCAGCUGCAAAAGCGUUGGAAAGAGAGAAUCAUUCAAUAUUCGUGGAGAAAAUACUGCAUGUGCAGAUCAGAGAGGUAUCUAAUUCAAGGCGUAGUUCAAUUGAUUCCAAUAAGUCAUUCCAGGGGCCUCAGUUGAACUUGGCACCUCCGCCUUUGAAUAUAGGAAGGAGAGCAAGUACAGGGUCUUUUUCAAAAUACAUGUAUCCAUUACCAAAUCAUUUACAACCAAAUCUGCCAUCUCAUUAUGUGUAUGCUACGAUACAAGAACCAAGGAGAAAUACUAUAAACUCAGGCUCAUCAUCCUACCACAACCAUAAUCAUGUUUUCGUUGGCAAUACUGGUUCACAAGGUUUUUAUAAUGAAAAUGGUAACCAGUAUGUUUAUGGCACAGAAAGCAAAAAUUAUCCCAACAAAACAGACAAUGGAGUUGAAAAAGAAAAUGCUUAUCUAGAAGGUCCUCAGCAAAUGCAUAGUACCCACUUCAAUAGGUCAAAAGACGAUAUCGAAAAUAGCACAAUUGAAGAAGAAGAUGAUGAAUAUGAAGUCGAUGAAGACAAUGAUGCAGAGGACACACAUUUCUUAGAACACGAGUCCAACUCAUCAUUCACAACUUUCAGCGCAGGCACUGGAACGUUCAAACAUAACAAUGCGCAUAACACUGGUUCUUAUCAAAAGAAUCAUAGUUACAAGAAGCGAAGAAAUGUAGAUGCACCAAGGCAUGGUAGGAUGGAUCCAAAUUUCUACUACGGCCCGCCAGUGUACUACCCAAUGGAGUACUGUCCACCUUCUGGUAGCCCCGUUGGCCCUCCGCCCUCUCACUUGAUUCAGCCGGGCGCUCACUUGACGGGACAGUGUCCACCUUCUCAACAUUCCCCAUUCUUUUAUUACUUCCCUAUGCCACCUCCUACACCGACAUUUACUAAUCCAUUCCCACACGAACACCCUGGCGGUAUGAACUAUUUGGAUAAUUCUGUCUCUGGACAUGAUAAAGCAGACCUCGACUAUUGA